AUGGGAGAAAGCCUGAUUACAUUAAAAGGAUCAAGAAAUUGGGUUGCUUUUAUCUCUGUAGCAGCAAAGUGGACGCUGGAAGACUGUGCCAAAUUUCCCUCACAGUUCAGGAAAGAAGAUUCCCAACAUGGAGUUCUGAAUCCGCCGGAUGGUCAGUUAUGUGUGAAGGUCAAGUGCACGUCUCAGGUGAGCACCGUUUUGAAUGGAAUGUUAGACCAGAGCUUCAGGGAUCGGGCCAGUCAGAAAGACCAAGGACUGAAACUUGUGACUGUAAUUCUGCAAAACUGGAAGAAGUGUGAUUUGUGGUGGGCCAAAGAUUCUGCUCCUGAAAGUAAAAUGGCAGUGCUGACCUUACUGGCAAAAAUUCUGCAGAUUGAUUCAUCGGUGUCUUUUAAUACAAGUCACAGUGCAUUCCCUGAAGUCUUUACAACAUAUACUAGUAUACUUGCUGAUUCAAAGUUGGGUCUACAUUUAAAGGGCCAAGCUAUAAUUCUUCUUCCAUUCUUCACCAAUCUUACUGGAGGCAGUCUUGAGAACCUUAAGCAUGUUCUUGAAAAGAUCAUCAUUUCUAAUUUCCCUAUGAAGUCUGAAGAAUUUGCCCCAGGAACUCUGCAGUACAAUAAUUAUGUGGACUUCAUGAAAAAGUUUUUAGAUGCAUUGGAAUUAUCUCAAAGUCCUACAUUAUUGCAGUUGAUGACAGAACUUCUUUGUCGAGAACAACAACACAUUAUGGAAGAUUUAUUUCAAUCCACUUUCAAAAAGAUUGCCAGAAAGAGUUCAUGUGCCACACAAUCCAGCCUUCUGGAAAGUGUAUACAAAAUGUUCAGGAAGGAGGACCUACUUUCAAGUAACACUCGCCAAGCAUUUGUAGACCGUUCUCUUCUCACUCUACUAUGGCACUGUAGCCAGGAUGCUUUGAGAGAAUUUUUUUGCAAAAUUGUGGUGGAUGCUACUGAUGUGUUGAAGUCCAGAUUUACAAAGCUAAACGAAUCUACCUUUGAUACUCAAAUCACCAAGAAGAUGGGCUAUUAUAAAAUAUUAGAGGUGAUGUAUUCUCGUCUUCCAAAAGAUGAUGUUCACUCUAAGGAAUCCAAAAUUAAUCAAGUUUUUCAUGGCUCCGGUGUAACAGAAGGAAGUGAACUUACAAAGACACUUAUUAAACUGUGCUAUGAUGCGUUUACAGAGAACAUGGCUGGUGAGAAUCAGUUGCUGGAAAGGAGAAGACUGUACCAUUGUGCUGCCUACAACUGUGCCAUUUCUCUUAUCUGCUGUGUCUUUAAUGAAUUAAAAUUUUACCAAGGUUUUCUGUUUAGUGAAAAACCAGAAAAGAACUUGCUUAUCUUUGAAAAUCUGAUAGACCUGAACCGCUGCUAUACAUUUCCCGUGGAAGUGGAGGUUCCUAUGGAAAGAAAGAAAAAGUACAUUGAAAUUAGGAAAGAAGCCAGGGAAGCAGCAAAUGGGGAUUCAGGUGGUCCUCAUUACAUAUCUUCCUUGUCAUACUUGGCAGACAGUAGUCUGAGUGAGGAAAUGAGUCAAUUUGACUUCUCAACUGGAGUUCAGAGCUACUCAUACAGUUCCCGAGACCCUAAGUCUGCCAUUGGUCAUUUUCGAAGACAGGAGCAUAAAGACCCCACGAUCCAAGAUGAUAUCCUGGAGUUAGAGAUGGAUGAACUCAAUCAACACGAAUGCAUGGCAACUAUGACAGCCCUGAUUAAGCACAUGCAGAGAAAUCAGAUCCUACCUAAAGGAGAAGAGGGUUCAGUGCCAACACAUCUUCCUGCUUGGAUGAAAUUUCUUCAUGACAAACUAGGAAAUCCAUUGGUAUCAUUGAAUAUUCGUCUCUUCUUAGCUAAGCUUAUUAUUAAUACAGAAGAAGUCUUUCGCCCUUAUGCGAAGUACUGGCUCAGCCCCUUGCUGCAGCUGGUUGUUUCUGAAAAUAACGGAGGAGAAGGAAUUCACUAUAUGGUGGUUGAAAUAGUGGUUACAGUUCUUUCAUGGACAGGAAUAGCUACUCCUCUAGUUAAUAUUCGAAAAGUUUUCUAGGAAAGAUCCUAAUUCUAAAGACAAUUCAGUAGGAAUUCAAUUAUUAGGCAUUGUAAUGGCCAAUAACUUCCCUCCCUAUGACCCAAAA